UUCUAGGCCCCUCCCCCGUAGGCCAAUUCCAGCGCUCCAAUUGGUCUUCCCCCUCUAUGUAUAGAAAUGAAGUCUCUGGGAGCCGCCCUUCAGCGGGAGCAACUGCGCAUGCCUGGGCGUUCUUUUGCCCGGGUCCUCGUGCAGCAGGUGUUGCUGUUGGGCGCGAGACAGCGAAGCGGAUUGCAGAUAUUGUGGAGUUGGAGAGCCUGGUGGCCUGCUUAUUCUUGUUUUCUGCAUGCAGGGGAGUUAAACAUGAUUUCCUAGCAACCUGAGCUUCAUAUUGGGUUUCUACAUACCUGCAACCAUUGCUGGGAUCAUACAGGCAGACCUCAUGGCUGACGACAGAGUGACUAGCCGCUCGCCGGAGAGAAGGCCAGUUCUGGUAUCAUCUACUUCAUCCUCCAAUGAGCCCACCUCUUCGGGGCUCUCCGGCAGCCUCCAGCCUUUCUUCCUGGGCCGCACUUGCGCACCAAGCAACCUCCUUUCCCUCACGGUGCCCGUACGCUUGGACAUCCUCUAUGUCCUCAUUAACGCUGCCAGAGGGGCACAGUGCCUCCCUCCUCCAGCACCCAUUCAUGACGGCGCUCAGGCCUCGUUCUCCACAUGUCACGAGCCACCUGCUCAGUGCGCUGUGAGCUGCUGCCACCGGUCGGCUUGUUGUUGUGUGCCAGGCUGCGCCAGCGGGCAGCAACAGCCUAGCGGAGCCCAGCAGUGCGGAGCGGCUCCUGGAGGAUACGGUGGCCACAGAGGGCCAAACGGCGGAGUCCUAGAGCAACAAAACUAUGGGCGCCAUUGGAACAGCGCUGCUGAAAGAAAUGGUGGGAGCAGCAGGUCUGACUACAGCCAGCCACACGCAGCAGGGGGUUGGAAGAGAGCCCAGCCCCACACAGGCUGGAGGGGGAACCAAAGAGGAGGGGGAGAAGGAGAGCAUGGGAAUGGGGGUCGUUGGCAAGAGAAGCGGCAGGAUUUUGACAGGGCUUGGGGCAACCGGAGGCAAGGCGCUGUUGAAUCAAGCUCUUGGAACUCAGGGCCACAAGGGUGGAGGAGAGGAGGGUCUUCUUUUGGGUCCAGCGCUAGCAGCAUGAAAAGGAACCAGGAAGGAAACCGUUGGCAGAGUGCGCAGGAUGCCCCAGAAGCGAAAAGAUGUAUGUUUGGUGCCCGUGAGUGGCAGAAAACCCAAGGCACUGGGGAUCCUGCUACUUUUGUAGGCAAGGCUGUGGAUGCUGGACCGGCCAAAUCCGCAGCUCUGGAGGAUGGGGAAGACUGGGAGGCUGAGUAUGAGAGUGAGCCAGCAGUCCCUGCUGCUACAGAGGGUGCUCCGCAUGCUUCCCACCAGGAUGACAAGUCCGACUCUUGCAAAGUAAGCGAUGAUGCGGAAGGUGAAUGUGUUACAUCUGCCCAUCCACCCAAACCAGAGCUCUCUGUUUCUCCCCUUCCAAGGUCUGAUGUGAAGGACCAGGGAGCGUCAGAUGGCAGGGGGAAGGAAUGUGCUGCGGAUUGGAGCAGCAAGGAAGACAGGUUUGCCACCUACCUGAAGAACCUUUAUUCUGAUGUGCCGGAGAAGUCCAGCUCUGAAGGUGACGCAGAUCUCACCGUGGGCAUAGCUGUUGAUCCCCUGACACUGGAUGAGGAGGAGCAGUCCCGAGAGAAUGUAGCUGGCUCUCCUUGAGGGAGCUGAGCAAAGCACACAGUAUUCUGGGGAAAGGGGGCAGAGGAAGAGAUUGAGUGCCAGAAAUCCUGAUUGACAGCAUGGCGGCCACCAGUGGCCUUAAUUCAGCUGGUAUUGCAAACUGGAAAUUCCACACCCAUCAUGGGUGUUGUACUCAAGCUUCUACUCAAAAGUGGAUACACUGGAAUUAAUGAGCCUAAGGUGGCCACAUCUAUUAAUUUCGGUGAGUCCACUGUUGGGUAUGACUUGGAGUGCUGAGAUGAGCAUAGGUGAUCUGUUCCCUAGAUCCAUUAUUGCCCGCUUUAAGUUCAAGGGCAGUUGCCUGAAGUGGCAAAACCUCCUGGCAAGAACCCUGGGAAAUCAGACUUUCGUAUUUGUGCAGGGACCCUAUUGGAGUGAGCCCCACUUCACACAGUAGCCCCCCGAAACUCCCAGAGAACUGUUGGAGGUGGGCAGAUCCUAGUGAGCUUGUCCUCCUGCCCCAUUUUUGGAAUUCACAGGGCAAAUGUGUCCAGCCGUUCUAAACAUUAACAGCUUGGGCAGGUCUGCACCACUGCAUCUGAAGUACACCCAGUGCACAUUUAAAGCAUAUGACGCCCCCAUCCAAAGAAUCAUGGGAAUAGCAGUUUUCCCUUUAUGGAGCUGUAGUCCGCACCGUCUUUAAACUACAGUUCCCAUGAUUCUUUGGGGGGAAACUCAUUGCCUAAAACAGUGUUGGCCAAACUUGAGUCUCUAGCUGCUUUUGGACUACAACUCCCAUCAUCUCUUGCUUGGGGUCAGGGAUGAUGGGAGUUGUAGUCCAAAAACAGCAGGAGACCCAAGUUUGUGAAACACGGACCUAAAACUUGAGUUGGGUG